UCUGGAGGACCAGGAACAAAUAAGCUUCAAAGCUAAGAGCUUGAUUGGCAGACAGAUGACCCCAUCCUUCACCUCUGUCCCCUCUCCCUGCUGAUACAUAUAAGACCCUGGCCACACUUGAGGGAUGAGGAGAGGAGAGAGCACAGAAAGAUGGAUGUGGGCAGCAAAGAGGUCUUGAUGGAGAGCCCUCCAGAUUACUCGGCAGGCUCCCGGGGCCGGUUUGGCAUCCCCUGUUGCCCAGUGCACCUCAAACGCCUUCUCAUCGUGGUUGUGGUGGUGGUCCUUAUCGUCGUGGUGAUUGUAGGGGCUCUGCUCAUGGGUCUUCAUAUGAGCCAGAAACAUACGGAGAUGGUCCUCGAGAUGAGCAUUGGAGCACCAGAAGCCCAGAAACGCCUGGCCCUGAGUGAGCACAUGGAUACCACUGCCACCUUCCCCAUUGGCAACACUGGCAUCACUGUGUGCGAUUACCAGCGGCUCCUGAUUGCCUACAAGCCAGCCCCAGGAACCUGCUGUUACAUCAUGAAGAUGGCUCCAGAGAGCAUCCCCGGUCUUGAGGCUCUCACUAGAAAAUUCCAGAACUUGCAGGCCAAACCUGAAGCACUGACCUCUAAAAUGGGCCAGGAGGAGGGGCAUGAUUCAGGCUCUGCACCCUUGGGAGGAGACCAGGCCUUCCUGGGACUGGCCAUAGGCACCCUGUGUGGAGAGCUGCCUCUCUACUACAUCUAGGACUCCUCAGGUGAGCAGGGU